UGUAGGAGGGCUGCUCGAACCGGGACGAGUCACCACGUGAGACUCACGUGCUUUAUUCUCUCAAAAAGUAUCCAUGUCCCGGCCAUUGAUGUUGCUUGCUUCCGAAUAUUUAACAGCUUUGCUCAUAACUUCCAAUUGUCUACUGACGAAGUGCAGGUUCAAUGGCUGUAUCAUUUAGGGAGCUAUUAUUCACAGUGUAAUCUUGGGGUAUAUGGCAGUGGGAGCAUCAAUUGUGUAUUUAUUUAGCAUGGGUUUCAGUGAGAAAUGCUUGAGACGUGCUAUAGUUUUUGAAGCUGAGAGAGGAUACAGGAAUAUUUUUGGCAGAAGUCUGAGGUUUAAUAAUUUUCUCCCAUCAAAAAUUUUAACAUUAUGCUUCCGUUCAAAGCAUAACUUUUCAGAAAAGAUGUUGGAGGGAGUAGCUGGUUUUGAGAAGGGUCUGGUUCAUCAGUCCUCCAAAGGAACUUAUUACACCAUCGCUAACAUUAUGACAUGGAAAAUAACAUGGGGCACUGCAUUACAUGUUCAAGUGCUUGUUUUAACCAUUGAACCAGUAUUGAUGGGUUACAAUGGUCUAGAUGACUUAAUUGACAAUGCAAGAGCUAGAGAAAAGUCUCAUGAAAAUACCGAAUUUGAUGUCUCCUUGGCAUGCAAACAAUUUCCUUCCAUCACUUUGGGAUAUUUCCCAACUGUGGAGUUGUAUGAUGGAACCACACCCUCUUCUGGAAGCAGGGAACUUCUGGCACCUGAAAUUCUAGGAGGAUAUCUUCCUAGUCCUGUUGAUACAAACUGGGCCGAUCCAAAUUGUAUGUACGGACCAACGGAUUCUCUAUAUGCAGAGAUUUCAAAAGACAGCUCUUAUCUCCUGGAAGAAAAAUUCAAGGAAUCUCCUAUGUAUUCUCAGUCACCAUCUUUAGAGACACAAGUGGAAAAUGAUUCACGUCUCCCUAGGGGCCAACCUUGCAGCAGUUCCAGCUUUCAGACCCAGCAAACUACUAUAUCAGUGGCAGAUAUUCUUGAUAAAUCUAUCAGCUGCAUAUCUGGGCUGAGUAAACGGCAGCUUAAUCAGCUGGAUAAUUCUGGUUUUCAUACGUUACGGAAAUUGCUACACCACUUUCCCCGCACCUAUGCUGAUCUACAAAAUGCUGAGGUGGAAAUUGAUGAUGGACAGUACUUGAUUUUUGUUGGGAAAAUCAUAUCCUCAAGGGGAAUUCGAGCUAGUCUUUCUUUUUCAUUUCUGGAAGUUGUUGUGGCUUGUGAGGUUGCAGAUAUUGAGGCAAAUUCCAAGUGCAUGGAUAAUGAAGCCGAAAGCAAGAGAAGGAAAAUUUAUUUGCAUUUAAAGAAAUUUUUCCGUGGUGCCCGCUUCACAUGUCAACCUUUCCUCCGAAGUCUUCAGGAUAAGCACAAGGAAGGAGAUCUUGUGUGUGUUAGUGGUAAGGUACGGACAAUGCGUUGUGAAGAUCACUUUGAAAUGAGGGAAUACAAUAUUGAUGUGCUCAAAGACGAAGGAGAUUCAUCUUUGUGUUCAAAAGGGAGGCCUUAUCCAAUAUAUCCUUCGAAAAAAGGACUAACCCCAGAUCUUCUUCGGGAUAUCAUUUCAAGAGCUCUAAAGAUGCUGCCAGACAAUCUUGACCCUAUACCUAAAGAUGUCACUCAGGAUUUUGGACUUCUGUGUCUUUCAGAUGCAUAUAUUGGCAUUCACCAGCCAAAAAAUUUAAACGAGACCGAGUUAGCUCGAAAGAGGCUUAUAUUUGAUGAGUUCUUUUAUCUUCAGUUGGGAAAGUUAUUUCAAAUGCUUGAGGGUCUUGAUACGAAGAUAGAGAAGGACGGGUUACUUGAUAAGUAUAGGAAGCCUGAGUUGAACUCGAAGUUUAUGGAAGAAUGGUCUUGUAUGACCAAAAAAUUCGUGAAUGCUCUUCCAUAUUCCCUCACUCCCAGUCAGCUGAGUGCCACUUCAGAAAUCAUUUGGGAUCUAAAGCGACCGGUUCCAAUGAAUCGAUUGUUACAGGGUGAUGUUGGAUGUGGAAAGACUGUGGUAGCAUUCCUAGCAUGCAUGGAGGUAAUUGGCUCAGACUAUCAGGCAGCUUUUAUGGUUCCAACUGAGCUGCUAGCAGUGCAGCAUUAUGAGAACCUUCUUCAAUUGCUUGAGAAAAUGGAAGACAUCUAUAACAAACCUUCUGUUGCUCUGUUGACAGGAUCAACCCCAACAAAACAAGCACAGUUUAUUCGUAAAGGUCUCCAAGCUGGAGAUAUCUCGCUAGUCAUUGGAACUCACACUUUAAUAGCUGAAAAGGUGGAGUUUUCAGCUUUACGCAUUGCAAUUGUAGAUGAACAACAUCGUUUUGGUGUUGUCCAAAGAGGACGUUUCAAUAGCAAGUUAUAUUUCAACUCCAUAAGUUCCAAACUGGCCUCAACUAGUUCAAAGGAUUCACAGAAAAGUGACACUGUCAUGGCUCCUCAUGUUCUGGCAAUGUCAGCCACACCAAUUCCUAGAACACUUGCACUGGCUUUGUAUGGGGACAUGUCACUGACACAAAUCACCGAUUUACCUCCUGGAAGAACACCAGUUGAAACAUACAUCAUUGAGGGAAAUGAAACUGGAUUUGAGAAGAUAUACCAGAUGAUGGAGGAAGAGUUGGGAGGAGGAGGAAAAGUAUAUCUUGUGUAUCCAGUCAUCGAGCAAUCCGAGCAACUGCCUCAGCUUCGUGCUGCUUCAGCUGAUCUUGAAACUAUCUCUGGAAGGUUUCCAAGUUAUAAUUGUGGAUUAUUACAUGGGAAAAUGAAAAGUGAUGAGAAGGAUGAAGCAUUGAGGCGGUUUAGGGCUGGAGACACAAAUAUACUGCUCUCUACACAGGUGAUUGAGAUUGGGGUUGACAUACCAGACGCGUCUAUGAUGGUUGUGAUGAAUGCAGAGAGAUUUGGAAUUGCGCAAUUGCACCAACUUCGAGGUCGGGUUGGACGUGGAGAAAGGAAGUCUAAGUGUAUAUUAUCAGCAUCUACAACCACUAGCCUAAACCGGCUGAAAGUGCUUGGGAAAUCAUCAGAUGGAUUUUACCUUGCAAACAUGGACCUUCUACUGCGUGGGCCUGGUGAUUUGCUUGGUAAGAAACAGUCGGGACACCUUCCUGAGUUUCCCAUAGCGAGGUUAGAGAUUGAUGGAAAUAUUCUACAAGAAGCGCAUCUUGCUGCACUGAAAGUUCUGGGAGAAUCGCAUGACUUGGAGAAAUUCCCAGACCUCAAAGCUGAGCUUAGCAUGAGACAGCCUCUGUGCCUUCUUGGAGACUAAGCAACACCCAGGCAUGUUACUGUGUAUUGUUGUUCCAUGAUAAAUUAUGGUAGGAGUUUUUCUUCUUUGAAAGCUUUUAUCUGUUCGUGGUGUUGUUAGAAUUGGUUUUCUUUAAUUCUGUAUUUUUCUGCUUCAAGGAAGUGCAAUUUUCAUAUUUCAUUCUUCAGUUGUUCAAAUGUUCACUUCGCGUUUAGCAAUGCUUUGUGAGUUUAGCACAAAACAAUUGAACAGAAUCCAUAUCCCUACUUUAACACUUAUUGGUGAUUGAAGUGCACGGCUAUGGAGGAGGAAAUUGAACUCUCGACUAGGAGUCGAGUCAAGGAAAGCACAGGCGAGGUCGAAUUAUAUGAAGUGGCUGGGGAGUAGUGGCGAUGAAGGGCCUUAUGCGUAUCUAUAUUUUCCACUUGUUGUAAGGAGAUGCUCGCUAAAACAAAAUCAAUAUUAAACCUACAUUUUCGUUUGUAUAAAUCA